AUGGGUUCACUCGGCAGCUUUCUCGUUGCAUACCUGCUCGGGGGCGUCACUUUGUUGCCUCUGGUUCUUUCUUUCAUCGUAUUCUAUGUCUACCUGACCCUCCCUGAUGCCCCAUCGGCCAAUCAACCAGAGAAGCAAGCUCCCGAUUCACUCCGACUGCCGGCCGACGACGAGUACAGCCUGAAGUCUGGGACCGACCAGCUAGCAGACAACUUUCAUCGUACCCACGAUUCAGAUGUUGCCACAGGUUAUUUCGCCGUCUGUCGCGAAUAUGUUCCUGGCGGAGUCAAUGGGAAGCCCCCGGAGCGCACAACACCCGCGGGCGAGGUCGUAGCCGCCGAGAGUCCCAGUGUAUACCAGACGAUGUAUCGAAGCUUGUUCGACCGCAAGCAAGCACCUAGUAUUGAGCCGGCUAAGUCGAAUGGAAAGAAUACAAAGCGGGCGCGGAAUGUUUUCUAUAUUGUUCUUCGACAUGGUCAUUUGAUGCUGUAUGAUGAUGUGAAUCAGGUGGAAGUGCGCUAUGUGAUCUCUCUUGCCCACCAUGAUGUGACUAUUCACAGCGGCGAAGGGGAUAUUCCCGAGGGCGAGCUUUGGAUCAAAAGAAAUGCGAUUUGUCUUUCACGGCGACUGGAUUCGCUUGGAGACUUGGGAGGCCCAACACCGCCAUUCUUUUUGUUUUCCGAGAACCUGUCAGAGAAGGAGGAUUUCUAUCUCGCAAUGCUCCAGAACCAGAAUAAGCUGUGGGACUCUCCUGACCGUCCUCCCAAGCACCAGGACUUUGAUGUGAAGCAUAUUAUUUCGCUGGUCCAACGUCUUCAUUCCUCAGAGGAACAAUUACAGACACGGUGGAUCAAUGCUUUCUUCGGUCGCUUGUUCCUAGCGUUAUAUCGCACUCCGGAGCUGGAGGAGUUUAUUCGGGGCAAAAUAGCGAAGAAGAUAUCUCGCGUCAACAAGCCGAACUUUAUCAGCAAAGUUGGCUUGCAAAGGAUCGACAUGGGCGAAGGGGCCCCCUUCAUCACCAAUCCUCGGUUGAAGGAUCUGACUGUCGAUGGUAACUGCUGUGUCGAGGCGGAUCUCCAAUAUUCGGGGAGCUUCCGGGUGGAAAUUUCCGCCACAGUACGCAUUGACUUAGGGCCCCGUUUCAAGGCUAGGGAGGUCGAUAUUGUUCUGGCAGUGGUGCUCAAGAAAUUGGAAGGGCAUCUACUGAUUCGCUUCAAGCCUCCGCCUAGUAAUCGCUUCUGGAUGUCUUUUGAAACAAUGCCCAGGAUGGAGAUGGAUAUCCAACCCAUCGUUAGCUCGAAGCAGAUUACGUACAGCCUAAUCCUGCGCACCAUCGAGAGUAAGAUCCGUGAAGUGGUCGCAGAAAGUAUUGUUCAACCAUUUUGGGAUGAUGUUCCUUUCCUUGAUACCCAUGGCCAAGCUUUUCGUGGUGGUGUUUGGCAACGAGACACUCCCGAGACGGACAUCCAGGUAGAUAUACCCGAUGAGUCUGGUGAUCCUCCAUCAACACCAAAGAGCCUACGCGGAGACUCCAUUGAAGUCCUCAAGUCCAAGGACGACAGAACGAUGAGUAUGCCUGCACUCUUGGAGCCUAAAUCGCCGAAAGUCAAAGCCAAACCACGAAAGGGCUUGAAACAAUCUUCCUCGGAUUUACACCCCAGUCACAUCAUGGCAACUUCUACUGGAGUUGAGAGACCGGAUAUUAUGCCCCUUCCCCGUGCCAUCCGAUCGCAAACCUUCUCCCAUGCGGCAGAUCCAGUCGUCACGGCAGACAAUGCCAAAGUUAACAAGGUUGUGUCUGAUAACAAAGGUGAGGAAAGGAGCAGUGCAGCAAGCGCCAUGAUUGAAAUCUCAAACCGCUCUCCACCUACCUCUCCGAAUCGGACUCCGAACAACUCGCCGCCUUCUGGUGGCAUCAUGAUGCCAGAGAACGCGGUCCAUAGCCGUGGAUCCUCCAUCGCCGAGUCUAUCGACAGCAUCAGCUUUGUCAGUGACCAUGCCAUGAAAAGCCCAUCCUCUGCCCAUUUCGAAAAUCACUCCUUGCCGGGCCCGCGCAGCUCUCGGGGCAGCUCCACCGCAUCUCUCACAAAUGAAAAGCCUCGCCGGCGCAGCACGAUGGAGACUUUAACCAAGUCUUUUACAUCCGCUACCUCAUCCGAUGACAAGUCUUUGGGCAAUAUGACGAUUGGAUCUGCCACUGCCGCUGCAAAGAAAUGGGGCUGGAAUGUGUUCGGAAAAAGCGACAACAAUGCUGAACAAGACUCCCCUCGGACUCCAGCAGGCACCAUAGAUGAGCCCAUCGGACGGGGCCACCCUCACCCUCCGCCUGGGGCUCCCUUGCCACGUCCUGACAAGUUUGCUUUGAAAAGAAAUUCGGGCUCAGGGACUCUCCCCCGAAGAAAACCCGUGGCGCCCUCAACUCUACCGGAUCGGCCAAAUACCAGCGAUCAUCGACCUGCUCCACCCCUAACUUUACCUCGAAGAAAACCCAUACCCUCGAAUAUGCAUACCGACACCGGGGUUGACGAGUUGCUUGUUGUACACCCGCCACAAGAUUCUGCACCAAAUAGCCCCAUAGUCGGUGAUAUUGACUCUGGAGAAGGACCAACAGAUGCUAUCCUCCUCGAGAGCGAGACCCCAUCCAAAACCGGGACAGAUCACAAGCAAGACGAUGAAGACAGACAAGAUGCCAGUUCCCUAGAGCCCGUGGAACCGAUUUUGGCGUCAACUCCGGACAGUCAUAGCGAAGCACUUCCACCCAUUGAACAACCGAUGGAAAUCCGAACUUCGUAA